GGUAAGGGCAGAGACUAUUACUAUUUUUGGAUUGCAUCGACAAAUGGGAAGGGUACAUUAGAAUCAGCAGCUUUCUGUGCAGCAGUGUAAUACAACAAUUAAUUAGCAUUGUAUAAAUGAACACUUAUCAACUCAAUGCAUAACUGUCUACAAUGUUAUCUUAAUUAAAGAUAACCUCUGUGAACAAUUAGUCUAUUAUUAGACGUCCAGUGGUGAUUGUGAAACAUGAGUGCAAAGGCUUUAAUACUCUUACUGGCCGUAAUUUUUGUAGAAUCAAAAAUAUCCGAUGAACGAAACCGGCCAACCACCGUUACACCUUUAGGAAAAGUUGAAGGAGAAUGGAGGACCUCUUUUGAAGGACGAAAGUAUGCAUCUUUUGAAGGAAUUCCAUAUGCAAAACCUCCUAUUGGCGAUCUAAGGUUCGCAGAGCCACAUCCUGCGGAACCAUGGGUUGGUGUGUGGAACGCAACCAAGAUAUAUGAAUGUCCGCACACGACUAUGAUUGACAGAACUCAAAAUCCUUCAGGAGAUGAAGACUGCUUAUACUUGAAUGUAUACAUCCCUGUAAGAAAACAGUUAGAGAAGUUAGAUGUUGUGAUUCAUAUUCAUGGAGGAGGCUUUAUAUAUGGUUAUUCCAAUGAAUUUAUUGGUGAAAAAUAUGUGAUGGAUAGAGAUCUUAUCUUAGUUACAUUCAACUACAGGAUUGGCGCUUUAGGUUUCCUCAGUACCGGCGAUGAAGUAGUACCAGGAAAUAAUGGUUUGAGGGAUCAAACUCUGGUUCUACAUUGGGUUCAAAAUAACAUCGAAAGCUUCAAUGGUAACCCGAAAUCGGUAACUUUGACAGGAUUCUCUGCAGGUGCAGCUUCUUUACAUUUGCAUUAUUUGACACCACACAGCAAAGGUCUUUUUCACAGAGGAAUAUCACUGAGCGGAUCUGCAUUAAACCCAUGGACAAUAAGGCUGAAUCCACUGAAAAACGCUAGGCGCCUAGCAAAAUCUGUCGGUUGUGAGAUGGAUGAUACAAAGAAAAUGGUGAUGUGCUUGAAAUCUCGACCCGCCAGUCAGCUAGUGGUGCAUACUGGAAGAUUGCAUUACUAUGGUGGUAUGCCUUUCUGUUUAUUCCAACCAGUGGUAGACAAGUAUGCUAAGAAGCCAUUCUUAGAAGACCUACCUGAAAAUCUGCUCAAAGCUGGUAGAGUGCUGGAUGUACCAUGGAUGGCAUCAUAUACCAAAGAUGAUGGACUUAUGGGAUUACUAGUUAUAACAGAUUCUAUCCAGCAACUGAAUGAGCAGUGGACUGAAGUUGGACAUUAUAUGAUACAAACUGAUGACAUUCCUCUCUCAGUUCAGCAAGAGGCCUUACUUAAGAUCAAGCAACAUUAUUCAACGUCUGGUGAAGAUAUGUCAUUUGAAGAUCUUGUCAAGCUUGAGACAGAUACUAUAAUAAGAAUUGGGGUGGAGCGGUCAAUUCAAGUACAUGCUGCUGCUGUCAAAUCUCCUGUAUACUUCAACAUAUUUGGGUAUUCAGGACAAAACACCCUGAAAAGCAUAUUUGGUGCAGAACACAUUGAAGGUAAGGAAGGUAUGACGUGAUCCUGCUACUCAUAUGGGGCUAUUACUAAACCUAAACGAGAUGCAACAGUUGAAAUCUCUCACAGUAACUAUCUUGAUAGAAUUUUUCUCUUUCUAUAUCUCACAGGUGUAUGUCAUGGGGAUGAUAUGAUAUACUUCUUUGGCGGCCUGAUUUUCAAGGCUUUGUCAGACAAUGAUAUCAAAAUGAAGGAUAUGUGUUUGGACAUACUGUAUACAUUUGCGCAUAAUGGAAAACCUAAAGCUCUUGACAGAGAAUGGGAGCCUACGUCAGAGGAGCUGUAUCACAAAAUAGACAAUCCUGAAAGCAUUGAUGUGAAGACCAAGACGGAUUAUUCCGACCAUGAGUUCUGGAAACAGAUUAAGUUAUUGGAAAAACCGUAUUUCCUGUCCCAUGUGAAAGAUGAGUUGUAGUUGGCGGUUGGGCUUGCUAAGGUGCGAGCUUCUCAAAAAGCCCUUUUCCCCGCUUUACUUUUUGUAUGGUUCAAGUUAGUUAACUUGAGAUUCGGGUGAUAAAAUUGAUACAUAAUUAAUAUAUUUUAGCGUAAAAGUAGCAGUUGACUAUUACUUUUUUUUAAGUUAAGGGUCAUGUGGUAUUUCAUUUUGAAACUCCUUGUAACCUUGUAUAUAUCAUUAUCGUUCGAAAUGGUUAUCUAGCAGAAUGUCAAAAUUCAUCUAUAUAUCAUCUGCAAACUUACAUCACAAAAAUAUGUUCAAUUAGAUUCAAUUUAAUGAAAUUUCCUGGAGUUCAUAUUUAAUAAAUUCAGUUGACUUCCGAAUCAUUUCAGAUGCUACAGUUUGAGAUGAAUAAACUGCACUUCUUUAGAUGAAUUAAUAACUUCGCAAAGAUUACAAUAGUGAAGCUAGUGAUAAAAGUUGCAUAUAUUGUUGAGUGUGGGUCAGCAUUUAGCAAUAAAAGGUUAACAAACUUCCGCAGUUUAAUUUCACUUUAUCUUCUCCUUGGACUUUCGCUUUCUAUAAUAAAAUCCAGCUAUUACUGUAAUGUAGACCCCAGAAGCAUGCUCAGUACAGCUGAUUAGAAUGUAUUGGUUAAUACCAAAUACUACCAAAC